UCGAUAUGCGACAUCAAGGGUGUGCUCAUAUAUAUAGCACAAUCUAUGAGUGGCAAUGUCGUGGCCGACCCCUCCGACCUAACCCGAUAUUGUAACAGACUGAGCGGUGGCCACCCAAUGGUCUACUCUGGCACCACUAAUUCUAUCCCCCUAAACUGAGAGUGGACACCCAAUGGUCUACCCUAGCAAGCCAAACGACCCUUUCAAAUAUUCCCCCGUAAUUUCCUCGAUCCCCCCUCUUCCUCUCCCGUCCCUUGUAUUUUUUCCAUCCAUCGCUUGUAUUCCUCCUCUCCUCUCCUCUCCUCCUCCUAAUUAAUUUCUCAAUUCCUUACCAUUUCACCAACAAGAACAACUUGGCAAAUUCUUAUACGAUCGAUCUUUCUCCAUGGAGAGAUUUCAUUCCUUCCCUCAAAAGCAUGCCCGACCUCGCGUCGUCGGCCGCAGCCUUUCAUUAGGCAACGUCGACCUCGAAAGGUGCGAGAACAAGGGAGGAUUCGAGCUUGACAAGGAGGAAUUGAUAGGCGAGGACCGAGGAGGAGGAGGAGGAGUGAAGGAGAGCGAGGAGGCGGAGGAGGAGAAGGACGUCAGUGCCGCUUCCCUCUCGGCUGAGAUCGAUGAUUUUAUAGGCAGAGUUCUCAGGGAGCCGCCCGAGGAGACGGUGCCGGUCUUCCCGCAGUCAGCCGUCGAGAAGUUUCUUGACCUCGCAGAGGAGAUGGUGGCGAAGCAUGAGUCGGGGGAGUUCGGGAUACUGUCGUCGCCGGAAAAUGGCGAGCUCAGCCUUUUCAGCACCAUCGAUCUCGUGGUCAAGCUAGCGUCGGCGGCGGGCGGCUUAUCUUCCGCGGAGCCGGAAUGCAAGAGGGCGAUGAACCGCGCCGGCGGCAUCGUCCAUCGCUCGAUGUGCUUCCUCGAGGACGAGUUGCACAUCCUCCUCGAUCAAGAUCCCAAAUAUAAGGUCGACCCCGGCAGCGCCCGGUCGAAGAGCAAGCGCCCUUCCUCGUUCGACCGCAGCUCCGACUCCUCUGACCGGUGCGUCCUGCCCUCUCCGGAGUCCAACUCGCUCGACCUCGCGCCGGAGACAUUAGCGCCGGAGAUGGUGGAGGAGCUGCGGCGGGUGGUGGGCGCCAUGAUCAACGCCGGGUACACGAUAGAGUGCUGCCAGGUGAUCGCGGUGACGCGUCGGAACGCCUUCGACGCCGGCCUGUCGAGCCUCGGGUACGAGAAGCUCAGCAUCGACGACGUGGUGCGGCUGCCGUUGGAUUCGCUCGAGGGCGAGAUCGCCACGUGGAUCCGAGUCUUCCGGCAGUCCGUCGAAGUCGCCUUCCCCCGCGAGCAGGACCUCUGUUUCGCCGUUCUUGCCGGCCAAGAAGCCAUCGCCCAGAGCAUCUUCCACGACCUCAUCUGCAGCGCGACCAUCCCGCUGCUCACUUUCGCGGAGGCCGUCGCCAUGACCAAGCGCUCUGCGGAGAAGCUCUUCAAGGUUCUCGACAUGUACGAGACCCUGCGCGACAUCCUACCCAAGAUCCACGCCCUCUUGCAGCCAGAGCCGCCGGAAGAAAACCACGACGGCGAGCCCUCGGCGCUGGAAAAUCUCGAGACGGAGAUGGCGUCCGUGAACGCGCGUCUCGCGGAGGCGGCCGUGGCCAUCUUCUGCGAGCUUGAGAACUCGAUCAAGAACGACACGACCAAGACGCCGGUGCCAGGCGGCGCCGUCCACCCGCUGACUCGGUACGUGAUGAACUACCUCAAGUACGCGUGCGAGUACAGGAACACGAUGGAGCACAUCUUCAAGGAGCACCGGAAUCACGGCAGCGGCGCCAAGAACGGCGGGGAAGACGGUAACUACUUCGCGAGCCAUCUGGUGGAGCUGAUGGAGAUGCUGCACGCGAACCUAGAGGGGAAGUCGAGGCUGUACAAGGAUCCGGCGCUGAACAGCAUCUUCCUGAUGAACAACGGCCGGUACAUCAUGCAGAAGAUAAAGGGGUCAGGGGAGAUCCACCGGAUGCUGGGGGACAGCUGGAGCCGGAAGCGGUCGACGGAGCUGCGGCAGUACCACAAGAACUACCAGAGGGAGACGUGGGCGAGGGUGCUGGGGUGCUUCAAGGACGCGGGGCUGCAGGGGAAGGGCGGAACGGGGGUGGCGAAGCCGGCGCUCAAGGAGCGGUUCAAGAGCUUCAACGCCAUGUUCGAGGAGAUCCACAAGGCGCAGUGCCUGUGGGUGGUCAGCGACGAGCAGCUGCAGUCGGAGCUCAGGGUGUCGGUGUCGGCGGUGAUCGUGCCGGCGUACCGGUCGUUCCUGGGGAGGUUUUCGCAGUACCUGGACCCGGGCAGGCAGACGGAGAAGUACAUCAAGUUCGGGCCGGAGGAGCUCGAGAACUACAUCGACGAGCUGUUCUCUGGGAACCCUUCAUCCCUGGUUGGCCGGAGGAAAUGAUAUCCACCGGAUUGCGUCAAAUUUCAGCUUCUCGUGACUCAAAUCUCCAUUAACGAUGACUCUCAUGUGGAGGAGGAAUUACUCAUUGCAUGUUGUAAUGGAAAAACAGGGGGGAAAAAUGCCAGUAAGUAAUUCAACAUGUGCUUUUAGAGUUGUAAACUAUCCAAAUCGAGCCAAGCUUAAUAUUGAUAAGG